GACCCACAUCAGCCCUCUGCAACCUGGAAAAAUAAAACUGGACUUUAACAGUUUCCUGACUUAAAGUUCUGACCAAAACUACUGAACAAGAGCCUGGUUCAAGAAAGUAUCCAGAAAAAAAAAAAAUGCCAGCUCUAAAUAAUUUUCAGGGGCCAGUAGCUGGAGUGUUCCUUGAAAAUUCAAAUGAAACCAUUACAAUAUACCAAGCCUACAAGAAACGUCUGCUCAAUCCAGGAUCAUGCCUUGCACUGUUAGAAGCCCAAGCCGCAACAGGAGGAAUCAUCGACCCAGUCAAAAACAGGGCGUGCUCUGUGGAAGAUGCAGUAAAGGAAGGAAUUGUGGGUUGUGAAUUGAAAGAGAAACUUCAGUUAGCUGAGAGGGCCAUCGUGGGUUACACAGAUCCCUACACCAACCAAAAAAUUUCACUCUUCCAGGCCAUGCAGAAAGAUGUAAUACCAAAGGAAUAUGGCAUUAGAUUACUUGAAGCUCAGAUCUCUGCCAAAGGAAUUUAUGACCCUAUUGAAAAAUGCCACCUAACAGAAGAACAAGCCUAUGGAAGAGGUCACUAUGACAAAAAUCUUUUCAGAGGCCAGAAGGAUGCUCUAAAAGUAUUCUACGACCCAAACUCUCAGGAAAAUCUCACCUAUUCAACCCUGAUCAAGAAAUGCACUGUAGCCCCGGAAACAGGUUUACUGCUGUUCCCAAUCUACAUCACGUUCAAAGGCCUCCGAAGAGGAGUUACCUCUGCAGAGCUCUUGGCAUCAAAAAUAAUUGACCAACAGACAUUUGAAAAUCUACAUAAGGGAAAAACCACAACCCAGGAUGUGAUGUUAAUGGAAACAGUGAAAGAAUAUCUAGAAGGUAAAAGGAGCAUUGGUGGAGUAGCUUUGCUUUCCACGAAUAAGAAAAUGAGCAUCUAUCAGGCAAUGAGACAGGGGAUAAUCAUGCCUGGUACAGGUUUGAUUCUUCUAGAAGCACAGGCUGCAACUGGAUUCAUGAUAGACCCUGUUGAAAACAAGACAUACAGUGUACAUGAGGCCAUUAAACAGAAAAUUGUAGGACCAGAAUACCAUGCAAAACUGCUUGCAGCAGAACGUGCAGUCACUGGUUAUAAGGAUCCAUACACUGGGGAAACCAUAUCACUUUUUCAAGCUCUGAAGAAGGAACUGAUUGUGAAGGAGCAUGGGAUCCGCUUACUUGAAGCACAGAUUGCAACUGGUGGAAUUAUCGAUCCCAUAAACAGUCACAGAGUACCUGUAGAUGUAGCAUACAAGCGUGGCUUCUUCAAUGAAGAGAUGAACGCCAUCCUUGAGGACACUGGUGAUGACACUAAAGGAUUCUUUGACCCGAACACAAAGGAAAAUCUGACAUAUCUGCAACUCCUGGAUCACUGUGUCAUUGAUCCUGCUACAGGACUCACAUUGUUGCCGAUUCAGGAUUUGUCUGGUAACCUGAAUCACACAUUCAUUGGCUAUGACAUCAAAAAAAUCUUCAAGGGUGUCAUGGUUAAAGUGACAUGUGGAAAAUACAUGGGAAUGACAGUUUCACUCUGGGAAUUACUCAUGUCUGAAUACUUCACUGAACAGCAAAGGCAAGACUUUAUUCAGCAAUACAAAUCCAGAACACUGACUAUUGAAGUUCUAAUCACCAAAGUUCUGGAGAUUAUUGAACAUUCAGUGAAAACAGCUAAAGUGGUUUUUGAAGGUAUAAGGGAAAAAGUAAGUGCAACACAGCUUGUUGAGGCUGACAUCAUCACAGAGAAUGAUCUGAAAGACCUCAGAGAAGGAAAAAAGACUGUAAAAGACGUUACAGAGGAUGAAUCUGUGCAAACCUACCUACAAGGUAAACCAGGCAUUGCUGGUGUGCUGCUUCCUGACUCCCAAGUAAUGUCAAUCUACCAAGCACGACAAAAAGGAAUCUUGAGACCAGGAACAUCACUUGUUCUUCUUGAAGCACAGGCUGCAACAGGAUUCGUAAUUGACCCAAUUGCUAAUCGAAAGUUCUCUGUAGAUGAUGCAGUGAAAGCACGAGUGGUAGGGGUUGAUGUUCAUGCAAAACUAUGUUCAGCAGAGAAGGCAGUGACAGGUUACCAAGAUCCUUACACUGGCAAGAAAAUCUCGUUGUUUCAAGCAAUGCAGAAAGAUUUAAUAGUGAAAGAUCAUGGCAUACGUUUGCUAGAGGCUCAGAUUGCCACAGGGGGCAUCAUUGAUCCAGUAAACAGCCAUCGCAUUCCAGUUCAUAUUGCUUAUAAACGAGGAUACUUUGAUACUGAAAUGAAUCAGAUCCUUAAUGAUCCAACUGAUGACACGAAAGGGUUCUUUGACCCAAAUACUCAUGAAAACCUCACUUACAUGCAGCUUAUGUCUAGAUGUGUCACUGAUCAAAGCACAGGCCUUUACCUCUUAAAAAUCAAAGGAAAUGACAAAAGAGUUAAGAUAGGGGACAGCACCAAGGAGACAUUCCAAACCACAUAUGUCUCUGUGAGAUACGGGAGAUUCAGUAACAAGAAAGUGACACUUUGGGAUCUCCUAAACUCUGAAUAUUUGUUCGAGGAGAAAAGGCAGGAGCUGUUAAAAUGUUACAAGUCAAAAACAAUUAACACUGAAGAAAUCAUUACAAUAAUUUUAAAGAUCAUUGAAAGUAAAGAAGUACAAAGAAAUGCUGAUCUUAGUGUAGAAGGUCUCAGGGGAAAAGUCUCCAUUCUGGAGCUGCAGAAUCUGGGAAUAAUAGAUGAAAAAACAUACAAAAAUGUGCUUGAGGGAAAGCUAACAAUUAAAGACCUUACUGAGAUGGGAACUGUGAUGAACUUCCUAAGGGGAACAAGCUGUAUAGCUGGUGUCAUAUUACAAAAGUCUAAUCGUAAAAUGAGCAUCUACCAAGCCAAAAAAGAGAACCAUCUUACCCCUGGCACUGCCUUGUGUCUUCUUGAAGCACAGGCUGCCACUGGGUUUAUUAUUGAUCCAAUACAAGUCAAGAAACUCACUGUUGAAGAGGCACUGAAGCAGAAUGUCAUUGUUCCAGAGCUGUAUGAAAAACUCCUGGCUGCUGAGAAAGCUGUGACUGGUUAUAAAGACCCAUAUACUGGCAAGAAAAUUUCACUUUUUGAAGCCAUUAAGAAAGACCUAAUUGUAAAGCAGCAUGGCAUCCGUCUGCUUGAAGCCCAGAUUGCUACAGGUGGCAUUAUUGAUCCAAUCACAUGUUUACAUUUGCCACUUGAUGUUGCUUUCAGAAAGGGCUAUUUUGAUGCUGACUUAAACCAGAUCCUUUCUGAUAAGAGUGAUGACACGAAAGGAUUCUUUUAUCCCACCACACAAGAAAAUCUGACCUACAUGGAUAUGAUGGCAAGGUGUAUCAAGGAUCCGGAUACUGGUCUUCUCUUUCUUCCAGUGACUGAAAAAGGGAAAACACAAGAAAAGUCACUGAAAAUUCUCUCAGAUUUUGAGAUUCAGGAGGAAUUUGAAAAACACAAAGUUGUCAUUCCUGUUGGUCGUUUCUCUGGAAAAUCGAUGUCUCUUUGGGAGAUCAUUCAUUCUGUAUACUUCACAGAUGAAAACAGGCAACAGUACUUUGAACAAUAUCGUUUGGCCAAAAUAAAUAUCCAGGAUGUUGUCACCAUUGUUACCACAACUAUUGAAACCCUAGAGCAGAAAAACGCAAAUUCUCAAACAACAAUGGGCCUGAGAAAACCCGUUUCUGUUAAACAGUUGCAUGAGUCUGGAAUCAUUGACACCACUACUUACAAACAGCUGCAAAAUGGUAAGGAAACACUUGAAAACGUGCUUAAACUUGAAGCUGUACAAAAGUACUUGAAAGGCACAAGGAGUAUUGCUGGAGUUAAACUUCAUCCAUCAGGAACGGUGUUAAGUGUAUACAAGGCAAAAAAUGAAGGGUUGCUUACUGCUGAUGUAGCAUUGUCCUUGCUUGAGGCGCAGGCAGCGACUGGGUAUGUUAUUGAUCCAAUCAAGAACACACAUUACUCAGUUAUGGAGGCUGUUAAAGCUCAGCUUAUUGGACCAGAGAUACUAGAACACUUACUACUGGCUGAACGUGCUGUCACUGGUUUCACAGACCCAUACACAAAUGAGCAAAUAAGCUUAUUUGAAGCAAUUAAAAAAGGUCUCAUCCCUCAAAAACAAGGACUAAACCUAUUACAUGCACAGCUCGCCACAGGGGGAAUAAUUGAUCCAACUGGGAGCCACCGGGUGCCUGUUCAGAAAGCAAUAACACAAGGAUUCUUGAGUAAAGAGACCAACGAUCUUCUGGCAAACAUUAGCAAAAGUGAAAAAGGCUUUUCAGACCCCCAGACAAAAGAGCCUCUUACUUACAGUCAACUCAUGAGCAAAUGCGAAAAGGAUUCAACCACCAGCCUGCUGCUUCUCCCAGUGACUGAAACGAAUGCUGAAAGCUCAGCCUACAAUGAUGAACAAAUAAUAAACGUCUUCAAAGAAAAAUCUGUGAUCAUAAAUGCUGGAAAAUUUGCAGACAAACGCGUAUCACUCUGGGAUGCACUAAACUCAGAGUAUAUUUCUGCAGAGAAAAGGAAAGAAUUACUAGACCAAUACAAACAAAACAGACUGUCUAUAGAAGAGAUAACACAAAUAGUGACAGCAAUAUUAAUUGAGGUAACAACAAAAAGGCAUUCUUUCAAAGGACUGAGAAGACAAGUGUCAGCAAGUGAACUAUUUGAGGCAAAAAUCAUCUCAAAAGAAAUGAUUGGCAAGCUUAUAAACAAUGAAGUAGAUGAUGAAGACAUCAACAACAUGGAGUCAAUCCAAAAAUAUCUUGGGGCAACAAACUGCAUUGCUGGUGUAUUUGUGCAAUCUACUAAACAAACAAUGAGUAUAUUUGAAGCAAAAAAUAAGGGACUCUUGACUCCAGGAACAUCGCUGGUUUUACUUGAGGCCCAAGCUGCCACUGGCUUUGUUAUUGACCCAGUGAAAAACAAAAAGCUGUCUGUAGAGCAGGCGGUGGCUGAAGGAAUUGUUGGGAUGGAAUGGAAAAGCAAACUGCUUUCUGCUGAACGGGCCGUCACUGGGUACACAGACCCCUACACAGGCAAAACCAUCUCUUUGUUCCAGGCCUUGAAAAAAGAUCUCAUUGUCAAGGAACAUGGUAUUCGUCUCUUAGAAGCUCAGAUUGCUACAGGGGGUAUCAUUGAUCCCAUCCACAGCCAUCGUGUUCCAGUAGAGGUGGCUUACCAAAGAGGCUACUUUGAUGAGGAGAUGAACAAGAUCCUUGCUGAUCCAGAUGAUGACACCAAAGGUUUCUUUGAUCCAAACACACAAGAAAACCUAACAUACCUGCAGUUAGUGGAUCGUUGUGUGAGAGACCCCAACACUGGCCUGAGUCUUCUCGUAAUUGUGAAAAAGGGAGAGUACUACUUCUUCAUUGAUGAAUAUACAAAGAACAUACUUAAGUCCACAACCACGAAUAAAGCAGGAGGUAAAUUCCAGGGGCAGCUGGUGACUCUUUGGGAUCUGCUGUACUCCAGUUAUGUAUCUGAGGAAAAGAGAAGAGAACUGGUGCAGCAGUUUAAAUCAGGCACAAUAACUAUUGAACAGUUCCUUGAAAUUGUUCUGACACUGGUGUCGCAGAAAUCCGUAACAAGUACCCACACCAUUACCACCACAACCACCACAACAGAAACAACCCAAAAUACAAAUUUUCAAGGUAUUAGAAAGGAUGUGAGUGCUGAUGAAUUGCUGCAAUCCAAAGUCAUUGAUGAGAAAAUUUACAAAGACCUGACUUCUGGAAAAGUCACAGUUGAUUAUGUAAGCAAAAUGGACUCUGUUCGAAAAUAUCUGAAAGGAACAAACAGCAUUGCUGGUGUAUUUGUGCAGUCUACCAAACAGACAAUGAGCAUCUCUGAAGCAAAAAAUAAGGGACUACUGACACCAGGAACAUCUCUGGUAUUGCUUGAGGCUCAGGCUGCCACUGGCUUUGUUAUUGACCCAGUGAAAAAUAAAAAGCUGUCCGUAGAGCAGGCAGUGUCUGAAGGGAUUGUUGGAGUUGAAUGGAAAAACAAACUGCUUUCUGCUGAACGAGCAGUCACAGGUUACACUGAUCCCAACACAGGGAAAAUAAUUUCCUUGUUCCAGGCACUGAAAAAAGAUCUCAUUGUCAAGGAACAUGGUAUUCGUCUAUUAGAAGCUCAGAUUGCUACCGGGGGCAUCAUUGAUCCAGUGUACAGCCAUCGUGUUCCAGUAGAGGUGGCUUACCAAAGAGGCUACUUUGAUGAGGAGAUGAACAAGAUCCUUGCUGAUCCAGAUGACGACACCAAAGGUUUCUUUGAUCCCAACACACAAGAAAACCUAACAUACCUGCAGCUAGUGGAGCGUUGUGUGAGAGACCCCAACACUGGCCUGAGCCUCCUUGUGAUUGUAAAAAAGGGAGAGUUCUACUUCUUUAUUGAUGAACAUACAAAGAACAUCCUUAAGUCCAAAACCACAAAUAAAGCAGGAGGUAAAUUCCAAGGGCAGCUGGUGACCCUUUGGGAUCUGUUGUACUCCAGUUAUGUAUCUGAGGUAAAAAGAAGAGAACUGGUGCAGCAGUUUAAAUCAGGCACAUUAACUAUCGAACAAUUCCUUGAAAUUGUUCUGACACUAGUGUCGCAGAAAUCCGUAACAAGUACCCACACCAUUACCACCACAACCACCACAACAGAAACAACCCAAAAUACAAAUUUUCAAGGUAUUAGAAAGGAUGUGAGUGCUGAUGAAUUGCUGCAAUCCAAAGUCAUUGAUGAGAAAAUUUACAAAGACCUGACUUCUGGAAAAGUCACAGUUGAUUAUGUAAGCAAAAUGGACUCUGUUCGAAAAUAUCUGAAAGGAACAAACAGCAUUGCUGGUGUAUUUGUGCAGUCUACCAAACAGACAAUGAGCAUCUCUGAAGCAAAAAAUAAGGGACUACUGACACCAGGAACAUCUCUGGUAUUGCUUGAGGCUCAGGCUGCCACUGGCUUUGUUAUUGACCCAGUGAAAAAUAAAAAGCUGUCCGUAGAGCAGGCAGUGUCUGAAGGGAUUGUUGGAGUUGAAUGGAAAAACAAACUGCUUUCUGCUGAACGAGCAGUCACAGGUUACACUGAUCCCAACACAGGGAAAAUAAUUUCCUUGUUCCAGGCACUGAAAAAAGAUCUCAUUGUCAAGGAACAUGGUAUUCGUCUAUUAGAAGCUCAGAUUGCUACCGGGGGCAUCAUUGAUCCAGUGUACAGCCAUCGUGUUCCAGUAGAGGUGGCUUACCAAAGAGGCUACUUUGAUGAGGAGAUGAACAAGAUCCUUGCUGAUCCAGAUGACGACACCAAAGGUUUCUUUGAUCCCAACACACAAGAAAACCUAACAUACCUGCAGCUAGUGGAGCGUUGUGUGAGAGACCCCAACACUGGCCUGAGCCUCCUUGUGAUUGUAAAAAAGGGAGAGUUCUACUUCUUUAUUGAUGAACAUACAAAGAACAUCCUUAAGUCCAAAACCACAAAUAAAGCAGGAGGUAAAUUCCAAGGGCAGCUGGUGACUCUUUGGGAUCUGCUGUACUCCAGUUAUGUAUCUGAGGAAAAGAGAAGAGAACUGGUGCAGCAGUUUAAAUCAGGCACAAUAACUAUCGAACAAUUUCUUGAAAUUGUUCUGACACUGGUGUCGCAGAAAUCCAUUACAAGUACCCACACCAUUACCACCACAACAGAAACAACCCAAAAUACAAAUUUUCAAGGUAUUAGAAAGGAUGUGAGUGCUGAUGAAUUGCUGCAAUCCAAAGUCAUUGAUGAGAAAAUUUACAAAGACCUGACUUCUGGAAAAGUCACAGUUGAUUAUGUAAGCAAAAUGGACUCUGUUCGAAAAUAUCUGAAAGGAACAAACAGCAUUGCUGGUGUAUUUGUGCAGUCUACCAAACAGACAAUGAGCAUCUCUGAAGCAAAAAAUAAGGGACUACUGACACCAGGAACAUCUCUGGUAUUGCUUGAGGCUCAGGCUGCCACUGGCUUUGUUAUUGACCCAGUGAAAAAUAAAAAGCUGUCCGUAGAGCAGGCAGUGUCUGAAGGGAUUGUUGGAGUUGAAUGGAAAAACAAACUGCUUUCUGCUGAACGAGCAGUCACAGGUUACACUGAUCCCAACACAGGGAAAAUAAUUUCCUUGUUCCAGGCACUGAAAAAAGAUCUCAUUGUCAAGGAACAUGGUAUUCGUCUAUUAGAAGCUCAGAUUGCUACCGGGGGCAUCAUUGAUCCAGUGUACAGCCAUCGUGUUCCAGUAGAGGUGGCUUACCAAAGAGGCUACUUUGAUGAGGAGAUGAACAAGAUCCUUGCUGAUCCAGAUGACGACACCAAAGGUUUCUUUGAUCCCAACACACAAGAAAACCUAACAUACCUGCAGCUAGUGGAGCGUUGUGUGAGAGACCCCAACACUGGCCUAAGCCUCCUUGUGAUUGUAAAAAAGGGAGAGUACUACUUCUUUAUUGAUGAACAUACAAAGAACAUCCUUAAGUCCAAAACCACAAAUAAAGCAGGAGGUAAAUUCCAAGGGCAGCUGGUGACCCUUUGGGAUCUGUUGUACUCCAGUUAUGUAUCUGAGGUAAAAAGAAGAGAACUGGUGCAGCAGUUUAAAUCAGGCACAUUAACUAUCGAACAAUUCCUUGAAAUUGUUCUGACACUAGUGUCGCAGAAAUCCGUAACAAGUACCCACACCAUUACCACCACAACCACCACAACAGAAACAACCCAAAAUACAAAUUUUCAAGGUAUUAGAAAGGAUGUGAGUGCUGAUGAAUUGCUGCAAUCCAAAGUCAUUGAUGAGAAAAUUUACAAAGACCUGACUUCUGGAAAAGUCACAGUUGAUUAUGUAAGCAAAAUGGACUCUGUUCGAAAAUAUCUGAAAGGAACAAACAGCAUUGCUGGUGUAUUUGUGCAGUCUACCAAACAGACAAUGAGCAUCUCUGAAGCAAAAAAUAAGGGACUACUGACACCAGGAACAUCUCUGGUAUUGCUUGAGGCUCAGGCUGCCACUGGCUUUGUUAUUGACCCAGUGAAAAAUAAAAAGCUGUCCGUAGAGCAGGCAGUGUCUGAAGGGAUUGUUGGAGUUGAAUGGAAAAACAAACUGCUUUCUGCUGAACGAGCAGUCACAGGUUACACUGAUCCCAACACAGGGAAAAUAAUUUCCUUGUUCCAGGCACUGAAAAAAGAUCUCAUUGUCAAGGAACAUGGUAUUCGUCUAUUAGAAGCUCAGAUUGCUUCCGGGGGCAUCAUUGAUCCAGUGUACAGCCAUCGUGUUCCAGUAGAGGUGGCUUACCAAAGAGGCUACUUUGAUGAGGAGAUGAACAAGAUCCUUGCUGAUCCAGAUGACGACACCAAAGGUUUCUUUGAUCCCAACACACAAGAAAACCUAACAUACCUGCAGCUAGUGGAGCGUUGUGUGAGAGACCCCAACACUGGCCUGAGCCUCCUUGUGAUUGUAAAAAAGGGAGAGUUCUACUUCUUUAUUGAUGAACAUACAAAGAACAUCCUUAAGUCCAAAACCACAAAUAAAGCAGGAGGUAAAUUCCAAGGGCAGCUGGUGACUCUUUGGGAUCUGCUGUACUCCAGUUAUGUAUCUGAGGAAAAGAAAAGAGAACUGGUGCAGCAGUUUAAAUCAGGCACAAUAACUAUCGAACAAUUUCUUGAAAUUGUUCUGACACUGGUGUCGCAGAAAUCCAUUACAAGUACCCACACCAUUACCACCACAACAGAAACAACCCAAAAUACAAAUUUUCAAGGUAUUAGAAAGGAUGUGAGUGCUGAUGAAUUGCUGCAAUCCAAAGUCAUUGAUGAGAAAAUUUACAAAGACCUGACUUCUGGAAAAGUCACAGUUGAUUAUGUAAGCAAAAUGGACUCUGUUCGAAAAUAUCUGAAAGGAACAAACAGCAUUGCUGGUGUAUUUGUGCAGUCUACCAAACAGACAAUGAGCAUCUCUGAAGCAAAAAAUAAGGGACUACUGACACCAGGAACAUCUCUGGUAUUGCUUGAGGCUCAGGCUGCCACUGGCUUUGUUAUUGACCCAGUGAAAAAUAAAAAGCUGUCCGUAGAGCAGGCAGUGUCUGAAGGGAUUGUUGGAGUUGAAUGGAAAAACAAACUGCUUUCUGCUGAACGAGCAGUCACAGGUUACACUGAUCCCAACACAGGGAAAAUAAUUUCCUUGUUCCAGGCACUGAAAAAAGAUCUCAUUGUCAAGGAACAUGGUAUUCGUCUAUUAGAAGCUCAGAUUGCUACCGGGGGCAUCAUUGAUCCAGUGUACAGCCAUCGUGUUCCAGUAGAGGUGGCUUACCAAAGAGGCUACUUUGAUGAGGAGAUGAACAAGAUCCUUGCUGAUCCAGAUGACGACACCAAAGGUUUCUUUGAUCCCAACACACAAGAAAACCUAACAUACCUGCAGCUAGUGGAGCGUUGUGUGAGAGACCCCAACACUGGCCUGAGCCUCCUUGUGAUUGUAAAAAAGGGAGAGUUCUACUUCUUUAUUGAUGAACAUACAAAGAACAUCCUUAAGUCCAAAACCACAAAUAAAGCAGGAGGUAAAUUCCAAGGGCAGCUGGUGACUCUUUGGGAUCUGCUGUACUCCAGUUAUGUAUCUGAGGAAAAGAGAAGAGAACUGGUGCAGCAGUUUAAAUCAGGCACAAUAACUAUCGAACAAUUUCUUGAAAUUGUUCUGACACUGGUGUCGCAGAAAUCCAUUACAAGUACCCACACCAUUACCACCACAACAGAAACAACCCAAAAUACAAAUUUUCAAGGUAUUAGAAAGGAUGUGAGUGCUGAUGAAUUGCUGCAAUCCAAAGUCAUUGAUGAGAAAAUUUACAAAGACCUGACUUCUGGAAAAGUCACAGUUGAUUAUGUAAGCAAAAUGGACUCUGUUCGAAAAUACCUGAAAGGAACAAACAGCAUUGCUGGUGUAUUUGUGCAGUCUACCAAACAGACAAUGAGCAUCACUGAUGCAAAAAAUAAGGGACUACUGACACCAGGAACAUCUCUGGUAUUGCUUGAGGCUCAGGCUGCCACUGGCUUUGUUAUUGACCCAGUGAAAAAUAAAAAGCUGUCUGUAGAGCAGGCAGUGUCUGAAGGGAUUGUUGGAGUUGAAUGGAAAAACAAACUGCUUUCUGCUGAACGAGCAGUCACAGGUUACACUGAUCCCAACACAGGGAAAAUAAUUUCCUUGUUCCAGGCACUGAAAAAAGAUCUCAUUGUCAAGGAACAUGGUAUUCGUCUAUUAGAAGCUCAGAUUGCUACCGGGGGCAUCAUUGAUCCAGUGUACAGCCAUCGUGUUCCAGUAGAGGUGGCUUACCAAAGAGGCUACUUUGAUGAGGAGAUGAAUAAGAUCCUUGCUGAUCCAGAUGACGACACCAAAGGUUUCUUUGAUCCCAACACACAAGAAAACCUAACAUACCUGCUGCUUGUAGAACGGUGUGUUAAAGACCCAAAAACUGGGCUAAGUCUGCUUGUUUUAAAAAAGUAGAUUUAAAAUCAGAUGUAUCAUGCCAUUUAAGCUAUUCUUGCUUUUAUUAACUCCAAUCACUAAGUUUCUCUGUAUGCUAGCAAUAUGCUGAGUAUACUGUACAUCCAAAUCUGUAAAUGCAUGAUUUGUGUUUAUUAUUUCCAUACACAUGUGCAUUGCUAAAUUUAAAAACAUCUAGUUUUACAAAUUGAAAUGUAGAAUUUGAUCAUCAGUAAAAAUGUAAAUUUGUGAAUGCUAUUUCUUAAACAGAAUGUUGUUAAAUUUUGCAUUUAAUCGUUUUAACUCAUGCUUUCUUGCCACAUUCAAAACAUUAAAAUAAACAUACAGUUGUA